ACAUAAUAAAUAUAUAUUUUAUACAUUUAUCAAUACUUAAUAAAUAUAAAAUAAAAAAAAGUUAAUAAAUAUAAGUAUAUAUAAUAUUGAUUAGCAUUGGAAAUUGAUGGACAUCGUUUAUUUAUAAGAUCUGUAAUUAUACAUUAUAUACAUAUAACAUACAUACAAGGUACAUUUUUAUAUUAUACACGCAUUACUGUACGGAGAUAUCUCCAUGUUGUAUGCAUAUUACAUAAUACGAUGUAAGUCAGUAUGGACUGUGGGAUGAGAGCAUCAACAUUUCGAUUUAUGAGUAUCGUUAAUUCUAUGAUGAGAAACGUAAUUCUUGAGAAGCACACGUGCGAGACGAGCAACGCUGAUGAAAACGACAGCAAGGAUAAUCCUCCUACACAUGAUUUUCACAUCAAAAAUCUCCACAAGACGAUCAUGGAUUUGCGACAAUCAUUAAGAGACAGAACAAGAAAGAGCAAAAACGAGAUAUUUUAUAGCUUUGAAAUAGUUUCCACGAGGAAACCCGGUACGUUUUACCGAAGACUUCUCGCAGAUAUGGAAGAAUAUUCGCCUUUCUUUUACGCGUUAACGUGGCAUAAUGAAAUAGCCUCCGGCAACGAUGACUAUCUACCGUUGGACUUAGUAGAAAAUUUUCCACCUAAUACCCUUUUACAUCUAGCGGCUAAGGGUCUAAAGCGUCACGAAGUUGUCCAUAUCCUGAAAAAAGCUCUUACAUUUGGAAUAGUUAAUAUAUUUGCAUUGCGAGGAGAUUCACUGUGCAAGAAUGGUGACUUCGAACAUGCAUCGGACUUGGUCGCUUUCAUUAGAGAACAGUUUGGUGAUACGUUUUGUGUAUGCGUCGCAGGAUAUCCGCAAAAGCAUCCAGAAUCACCCUCCAAGGAGCUCGACUUGUAUUACCUGAAAGCGAAAGUGGAGACAGGCGCGGAUUUUAUCAUAACGCAAAUAUGCUUUGAAUCUCAAGUCCUGAUAGAUUUCGUGAGGGAUUGCCGAGAAAUUGGGAUUCGAGUUCCGAUCCUACCCGGACUCCUCGCGCCAACGAGUCAUGCGUGUCUGGAGAAAAUGAUGGACAUGUGCGGGCUCGACGUGCCGGUUGAAAUUAAAAACGAUUUGGCACGAAUGAAGGACGAUGAUCGGGCGGCAAGGGAAUAUUCAGUCGACCUGAUAACGCGAAUAAUUACGGACGUGAUUGAAAGCGGAGCUGCAUGUGGUUUUCAUCUGUUCACGUUAAACAGAUUAUCGUUGGUGGCGGAAAUAUGCAAACGCGUAGAAUCGCUCAAAGGGAAAAACCCAUAGUGCAGAAAUCUACCAUGCUCCAGAUCAGGAUCAAUGUUAUUAGCUGAGCGAGAAAAAAAGAUCCAGUUAAUUUUUUAUACGAAACAAAAUAAAAACCGACCAUACAUC